AGAUGUUAUCUUAUGAGCACUGCAAUAGCAGCCACAGACACAAACACCCCACCAUCGAUCCAUCCCAUUUUCUCCUUUUCGUAAAAAAUGGAAGAAUUAAAGCUCUCCUCUGCAAAUUCAUGCUCAUUAACUCCGUUAGGUUUCUUGGAAAGAGCUGCAACUGUUUACGCUGAUUCUCCUUCCAUCAUUUACCAUGAAACUACUUACACUUGGUCCCAAACCCACUCCCGUUGUCUCCAGCUGGCCUCUUCUCUAUCGUCUCUCGGUGUCGGCAAGGGCCACGUCGUCUCCGUCGUCGCCCCCAACAUCCCCGCCAUGUACGAGCUCCAGUUCGCCGUUCCUUUCACCGGUGCCAUCCUCAACAACAUCAACACUCGCCUUGACGUGCGGACUGUCUCCGUACUCUUACAGCACAGCCAAUCCAAGCUCAUCUUCGUCGAUCAUCAAUCACGCUCUCUCGUUCUAAACGCUGUCGCUUUGUUCCAGUCGAACGUCAAGCCGCCUUCUCUCGUCCUCAUCACUGACGAGUAUGAUGAUGCUUCAUCUCAAACCGUUGAUUCUCAUUUCCUUUGCUCCUACCAGAGCCUGGUGGCCAACGGAGAUCCCGGCUUUAAGUGGGUCCGGCCGGAGAGGGAGUGGGACCCGCUGGUGUUAAACUACACUUCAGGUACAACUUCAUCUCCUAAAGGCGUCGUUCAUUGUCACCGUGGAAUCUUCAUCGUCACCGUUGAUUCUUUAACUGACUGGUCCGUACCGAAACAGCCAGUGUUCUUAUGGACACUGCCCAUGUUUCACUCCAACGGGUGGUGUUUCCCUUGGGGGAUGGCCGCCGUCGGCGGCACCAAUAUUUGUCUACGAAAAUUUAAUGCUUCAGUUAUUUAUGACUCCAUUAGAAGACACGGUGUCACUCACAUGUGCGGUGCUCCCGUUGUGCUCAACAUGCUUUCAAACUCUCCAGCCAAUCAACCGCUCAAAAAUCCCGUUAACAUUCUCACCGGCGGAGCGCCUCCUCCAGCGGCCGUUCUCUUGAGGACGGAAUCACUAGGUUUCAUUGUAAGUCAUGGUUACGGUUUAACGGAGACAGGUGGAAUCGUUGUAUCAUGUGCAUGGAAAUCUCAAUGGAACAUUUUGCCAGCUACAGAGCGAGCAAGGUUAAAAGCGAGACAAGGGGUGAGGACAAUUGGGUUGACUGAAGUUGACGUGGUUGACCCCCAGUCAGGAGUGAGUGUGACUCGUGACGGGUCAACACUGGGCGAGAUCGUCUUGAGAGGCGGCUGCAUAAUGCUGGGUUAUUUAAAAGACCCAAUUGGGACCCGUAAAUGUUUGAAAGAAAGCGGCUGGUUUUACACCGGAGAUGUCGGGGUGAUGCACGCCGACGGCUAUUUAGAGAUAAGAGAUCGUUCAAAGGACGUGAUAAUCAGUGGCGGAGAGAACUUGAGCAGCGUAGAGGUAGAGUCGGUGCUGUACACGCACCCAGCCGUUAAUGAAGCGGCGGUGGUGGCUCGGCCAGAUGAGUUCUGGGGCGAGACGCCGUGUGCGUUCGUGAGUUUGAAGAGCGAUUUGAGCAUGAAACCAACGGAAAAAGAAAUAAUAGAGUAUUGCAGGAACAGGUUGCCGCACUUCACGGUGCCGAAAACGGUGGUGUUUAAAGAAGAACUGCCGAAGACUUCAACGGGGAAGAUUCAGAAGUUUUUGCUGAGGGAAAUUGCAAAGGGAAUGGGCUCUGGUGGAGUGAGUCGAAUGUAGGGUUGAGUGGAAGAAGGAUUUCAUGUAUUCUUAGUAAUUGAUGCAAUGGAACGGGUUUUGUAUCUUUGUUUUUCGGUCAAAAGACUAUUUUCUAUCCAA